GCUCAUUAGAGGGGAUGCUGAGGAGAGUACGAGCCGCUGGGGAUCUGCUGACAUUUAGGAGCCCGAUCCCUUGCUCUGUAAUAGGAUGACCGCUGUACUGAGGGUAGGGCUCAGCCGCGUUAUUUUGCCGGUAUCUGUGGAGGAGUACCAAGUUGGGCAGUUGUAUUCUGUGGCUGAGGCCAGCAAGAAUGAAACUGGAGGAGGAGAGGGUGUGGAAGUGCUGGUGAAUGAACCUUAUGAAAAAGAUGGUGAGAAGGGUCAGUACACACACAAAAUUUACCACUUGCAGAGCAAAGUACCGAUGUUUGUUAGGAUGCUGGCGCCUGAGGGGGCUUUGAAUAUUCACGAAAAGGCCUGGAAUGCCUACCCUUACUGUCGAACCAUAAUUACAAAUGAAUACAUGAAGGAUGACUUUCUGAUUAAGAUUGAAACAUGGCACAAGCCAGAUCUAGGAAUGCAGGAAAAUGUGCACAAGCUGGAGCCAGAUGUCUGGAAGAACGUGGAGGUGGUUCAAAUUGAUAUUGCUGACCGAAGCCAGGUUCUUACUAAGGAUUAUAAACCAGAGGAGGACCCAGCAAAAUUUAAGUCUGUCAAGACUGGUCGUGGACCAUUGUGCCCUGAUUGGAAGAAAACGUUGGGGCAGCAGAAGGACUGUCCUCACAUGUGCGCUUACAAGCUGGUCACAGUCAAGUUCAAAUGGUGGGGCCUGCAGAACAAAAUUGAGAGCUUCAUACAAAAGCAAGAGAAGAGGCUGUUUACAAAUUUCCAUCGUCAACUUUUCUGUUGGCUGGACAGAUGGGUGGAACUAACAAUGGAGGAUAUUCGCAGAAUGGAAGAUGAGACAAAGAAACAGCUUGAUGAGAUGCGGGAGAGGGAUCCAGUGAAAGGAAUGAUGGCUGCAGAUGAUUAAUACUGGAGUAGUGAAUUCUUUGAAGUUUUGACCAAUGGGACAACUCCAUGCUCCAGUCCUGAUAGAUAACUAACUUGUGGAUCAGGCCCUACUUCCUGUUUUGGCAGACUCUUUUAACCCCUUUGUAGCUAACUCUAGGCACCUCUCAAUAUCGUGAGCUAGUAUUCCCGUUACACGCAAGAGCUAAGAUUUUUGCAAAUGCGUAAGGAAUUAGCUCACUCCUCAGGUGCAUUGUGUAUAUAUUCUUGUAUUAACACAGCCCAUUCCUCUUAAGUUUUCAUUUCUGAAUAUUUUUCAUUGAGCUUCUCUUUAAUUCAAAUGUCAUUUUAGUAAAAACAGUGUCCCGUGAUAUUGUGGAUUGCUGAUGGUUUGUCUUGUUUUGCCACUUUUUUUUUUUUUUUUGAACAUUGGGAUUCACUGCGUUCAGCUGUUUGUUUUUUGUUUUCCUUAAUUUUUCAACAAUUUUUAACAGCUAAAAUCUAUUUUUAUUAUUUCCUCUUGGCAUUGUUUCUUUUGCUUGUAAAAAGGGCUUGGCAAUGCAUCGCCAGAGAUCCACUUUUGCCUUUUAGAAAUGUAUAAGAUCUUUUAGGUUUUUUUGUCACUCCUUUUUGAAUGGUUUUAGAUUGUGCAAAAAAAAAAGUCUGCCUGCCUUCUUCAAAGAAGACAUUUCUGUACGUAUAUAUAUAUAAAACAGUGCUGCAAAAUAUAACUGUGCUUCACCAAUCAAAGGUUAUCUGAAACCAAAGGGGAGCGGGAUUGCUCUGCACCCCAUUUGGGAGAUCCUGUUGGAAGGAUGGAGCAUGCCCAGUUGUAUCAAACCAGCACUUGUGCAAUAAUAUCGAUCCUUGCUACAUAUGUAUAUAUUCAGCUACCAUGGUCCUUUUCAAUAUGUUUCUUUAGUUUUCCAUCAUAUGCUUGUAACUGUUAGAUAUUUGAUUCAAUUAACUUCUUAAAAACAGGACACUUAUUUUUAAAAGGCUCUGUAAAACUUUUUUUUUUUUUUUGGCAAUGAAGAACAAAUCUUUAAAUAGAAUAUUGCUUUUUUUAAAAAAUUUGAGUUAUAUUGAAGUUCCUUCAAAUGUAUCCCUAAAAUGGAAAAGCUCAUGCCAUAGUAAUGGUAUAACUCAUCCCCCUUGUUCUUGUAAUGGAUUGAGUGUUUGUUCCCAUGGCAUUACAUAUUUUAAGAGUUCUAAGGACUAACGCUUCCCUAAAUAUCUCAGGAUCUCCACGUUUGCCACUCGCGUGCUUGUUUUAAAGGAUCUGGUUCCCUAGGUCUUGGGAUUGUAAACGAAAGGCACUCAAGCAGAUUAACAGGCUUAAUUUCUAAAAUGGCAACCAAUAUAAUUCUAGGAGUGUGCAACCCUAGAUUCCAUUUUAAUUGUACUUUUAAUUGCUAUUGUUGUUGGAGUACAUUUUUUGACUUGUCAUCAGAAUGAUUAUCCUAAUCAGGAUUUUGGAUGCUGACACAUAGGUUAAGAAGCCCUGCUUUACUGAUAGCAACUAGAAUUCCGCUCUUCUCCAUUUACUAUAGUCUCAUACAGUAUUUACGUACAGCCCAAUAACCAUCAUGCUGAUCUUAAUUGUGCAAGGCCCCUGGUUGUGCUAUCCCUACUUUGUAUGGCACAUAGGUGAACCUUGGUGGUCCAUAAGUACUGAUAAGUGAAUAGAGAUGCUGCUGCUUUAUGGAAGGUAAAUAACUGAACCUGAACUUUACCAGUGUUUUACCUGAAUUGUUUUUGUCUGAAGCAGAAAUUGUCCAUCUGUAGCUUUCUGAAUGUGACAUUUUAGGUUGGAGUCACUAAAUCUUAGCUACUAGCAUUUCUUGUGUGAUUUAAAAAUCUGAUUGGAUAUAUAAACUGAUUUUUUUUCUGUGUUGUUACAGUUUGAGUAUAUUGGCAGACUAUAAAUGUAGCUCAAUCUUGGGUAGAAUUGUUUCAGCGUCAGUUAUUAAUGAAGGUUUAUGUUUAGUUUUAGAAUUAUUAUGGGAAGAUAACCAAAUCUAUUGGAGCCACCAACACCUCAUGUAUAGUAAGAAUAGGUUAAUAUUUGCCCUAACACCCCACUAGCACAAAAGGCAAUUUAUAGCUAUUCUUAAAGUGAAGAAAUUAUGUGUUUUCUGCAAAUCCUAUUUCAUUCUAACUGUUGCUUUUAAUGGUGUGUAAUAGAUCUGGCACUGGUUUUGCAACAAUGUUGUCAAUGACCUUUGCGAAAUGCUGAUAAGAAAAUGGGGUAUUAUUAAAACACUUCUAUUAUAAUAUAUUGUAGGAGAAAAUUAAAUUAUUUAACUUUUACUGAUAAAAUAAAUUCCUUAAAAGUAAAAAGGCACAAAUGUUCAGUAGUUUUUUUUGUUUUUGUUUUUUAAACAAUCAGCAGUCUUUAACCCUUGAUAAAGAAAUGUGAUUUUUUUGUAAGGUGCUAAAAUUCAAGUCAGGUCUGUUUAAUAAUGAGAGAAACUUACAGCUAUUGCUAGUUCAGUUUUCAUUUUGUAUUUCUCCUGUUAUGCACAGGGCUGUCCAACUCCAGGCCUCAGAAGCAUAAGUGGCAGAGGCUCACAGAGCAUAUAGAUAGCUGAUACCUGUAGCCGUAGUCAAAACAGCUGCUUGCCACUGUGAAUUGUUUGCUUUGACAUGAAUUGAGGGUGCCUAGGCCUACAUGGGAAAUUAUCACCUAGAUUCAUGUAUUGCUGCAUAAUUACAUAUGUGGAGGGACCAAAUAUGUAUUAUAUAAAAAGGUAGCAGUUUGGAGUGGGUGUUUUCAACUCAGCUUUAAGUACUGGCAAUCCAAAUAUUCUAUGUAUGUGAUUUAUGUAUCUUGCAGCUAUAGGGUUAUAUUAGGAUUUAAGGUUAUUGUUGGUUGACUGCAUUUAAGAUUUUAUGCAAGUGUCCUAUUGUGUCACAGUAUAUUUAGUGAUGCAAACACCACUGCAGCAUUUCAAUAUCCCCAUCGGCUGGCAUCCUUUGUUCAGCUAGCUCUGCACAGACAGAAAGGUAAGCACCAAGAAAUCAGAAGAACAGCUUGUUAGUUAGAUAGAAUUGUACAGUAUUCAUAGCACUGGGACAAUCAAAAGGGCAAAAACUGUGGGUAAGGUGCCCCUGAAGGCAUGUAGUUGGGUAGCUCUGCUGUAACAAAAUGAAGAUGUUUGCUCUGAAACGAUAGGUCUAACAAAACCAUGUUUGAUACUGAACAGCGCUGAAGAUAAUCCAGAAUACCUAUACUUCCAUAUUAUCAUCAUUUUAACAAAAAAAAGCAUAUUCCACUGCCAGUUACUGCUUUUUUUCUUCUCAGCUAAAUAUAGUCUAGGUAUAAAGGAUUAAAAUGGCACUGGGUAUUGAUAUUUACAUCAUUCAUGUGAAUUUCAUGCAUUAGUUAUAGCACAUCAUGCCCCAUGUUUGCUUCCACUACUGUUCGGAACUCGUGUGGAUGGCAAUAACCCAUAGCGACCAUUUCAGUACAGGCGCCACAAGCUGAAGAAUAUACUGUAGUCAUCACACACUGCUCAUAUUAACUGUUAAAAUCCAAUCUACUGCUUUUCUUUUUUCUGCUUGUAUUUCAUGUAAACUUCAGCUCAAAUUCAAACUGAUUUUGAUUGUUUAACAACAUUAUUUAUUUUGAAAUAAGUACUAUUUGUAGAAUUGCCUAGAUAAUGUUUCUUUCAUGUGAGUUUGUGCCUUUUUGUCUAAUAUUCCAAUGCAGGUAUAUUGGAAAUAAAUAUUCUACAAGACUUA